GUUAGCAAACUGCAGACUGCCCUCGUCAAGUCCACGCUGCAGGUGCUAGAUCUUAGUGCGCCUGAUCGCCAGGCGUCUCCUGACAUCUAUCUCCUUUGCGUGCUUUCUUACAUUUCCUCACCGAGUGCGUUUUCUGCUUACCUUUUACAUUUUGCUGUUCUGCCGCCGUCUGAGGUGCUGGAUCCCGCAGUCUGCCUGGCUUUGCAGUACCUCUUAAAGCAACAUCCUACUUUUUCCACUAUUUCAUCGCGGUACAUCGUUUCUGAUGGAUAAGACAUUUCUGUCAUGAUUUUUUGUGGUUGCUAAGCACCAUGUCGUAGUAUUGUGGCAGUUAUGGCAACUCUUAGGAUUAGAGAAUUAUUUAAGGACCAACUACUGCCAGGAAGCAAUCAUUUGUAUUAACUCUUUGUUGAAGAGGCUAAUAACGAACUAACCAGAGGAGCCUUUAUUUCCCACCUCUUAUGCCCAGGGAUGCAGAAAUAAUGAGAUAAACAAAAUAUUAUUUUCACGAGUUUUGUUAUCGAAGUUGGGUUCAAACAAAUGAAACAACAGAGACAAUGUUCUGGUAAUGGAUCUACGACGGUCUUGUGGAUUUUCCGUGAGAAUGGAUUGAAGAAGACUUGAGAUAUUCCUUCUUUAUGAAUCUUUUCAUCGUAAGAUUGCAAACGUGGAGCGUUUAGAAAGAGCUGAUGACGGACCGAUUAAACCUUACUGUGCAUCAAAAGCACCAAAGGGUAUUGGAAACGUUUGGAUGGAAAUCAGGCAAAUGUUUAGACCUGUUUUUGGUUUUGUAUGAAACUGGUGAUUAGUAGUUGCUGUCGUCUAUGGGAUUUGUAUAUUUGUCAAUCAACAAUUGUAAGAAAAAAUGGAAAAUUUUCUCUGGGUUGUACGCCAGGCGAUUGGUCUAUGCAUUUUGUAAUCCUCAGAUAUAUCGAUAAAUUCCACUUGAAGUAUUCCUUUAUCUAAAUGGAAUUAGUUCAGAUUGAAGCCCCUUGUAAAAGGAACAGACAUGGUACAUGGGCAUAUUUUCCUUUACGUUGCAAGUCUUCUAAUGCUUGGGUUGUCUGGGACAACAAAGAAAGAAGCAGUGAAAAACAACUCAGGAGUGCAGCCAGCAGGACAGUGUGGGACCUGGGUGAAAGAAGCAGAAGGGGGGCUGUUCACCUCUCCCAAUUACCCCAACAAAUACCCCCCAGAGAGAGAGUGCAUCUACAUCAUCGAAGCUCCCCCAAGACAAUGUAUUGAUCUUUUCUUUGAUGAAAAGUAUUCAAUAGAGCCUUCGUGGGAAUGUAAAUUUGACCAUAUUGAAGUACGAGAUGGGCCAUUUGGCUUUUCUCCAAUAAUUGGACGUUACUGUGGCCAGCAAAGCCCGUUGUAUAUCAGGUCCAGUGGCCGGUACCUUUGGAUAAAAUUUGUGACCGAUGGUGAAUUAGAAGCCAUGGGAUUCUCAGCGAGCUACAACUUCACCGCAGAUCCUGACUUUAAAGACCUAGGAAUCCCCAAACCUCUGCCCCUGUGUGAGUUUGAAAUGGGAGGGCCCGAGGGGAUCAUCGAAUCUCCUCAAAUCACCAAAGAGGGCAAGGCCUUAGCCACGGAGGCCGUGGACUGCAAGUGGUUCAUCCGCGCUCCACCCGCUCCAAGGUCAAUCUACUUGCGCUUUCUUGAUUACGAGAUGCAGAACUCCAACGAGUGCAAGCGUAACUUUGUGGCGGUGUACGACGGCAGCAGCUCGGUGGAGGACUUGAAGAGCAAGUUCUGCAGUACGGUGGCCAACGACGUCAUGCUGUUGACAGCGCUGGGUGUGGUCCGCAUGUGGGCCGACGAGGGCAGCCGCAAGAGCCGCUUCCGCAUCCUGUUCACCACAUUCUCAGAGCCUCCAUGUGAUGCAGACACAUUCUUCUGUCACAGCAACAUGUGCAUCAACAACUCACUGGUGUGCAACGGCAUUCAGAACUGCGUCUAUCCCUGGGAUGAGAACCACUGCAAAGAGAAGAGGAAAGCAAACAUCCUGGACAAUCUGAACAACACCAACGGGACGAUCAUCGGUGUGACGUGCUGCGUGGUGCUGAUUCUGCUGGUGGUGUCCGUGGUGGUGCAGAUCAAGCAGCCGCGCAAGAAGUACAUCCUGCGGCGCGAGGACUUCGACCCCACCAUGUUCCAGGAGGUGUUCGAGCCGCCACACUAUGAGCUGUGCACGCUCCGCAGCGCCGCCGCGUCCGCCGACCUCGUCGACCUCACCGAGGACUUUGAGAACUACCACAAGCUCCGCCGCUCCUCCUCGCGCUGCAUCCACGACCACCACUGCGGCGGCGGCGGGGGCAUGGGUGGACUCGGUGUGGGCGGCAUGAGCCUGGGCAUGGGCAUGGGCAUGGGCAUGGGCGGCUCCCACUCGCAGCUGUCCAGCGCCAAGGGCAGCCGCAGCAACCUGUCUGCGCGCGAGGCCUCGGCCGCCGCCGCCAUCCUCAGCGAGCUCCCGCCGCAGCCCGUGGUGCGGCCCCUGCUCCCGCCCUCCACCGGCGGCGGCAACCGCCGCAGCAUCCUGGUGAUGAAGCACAGCUACUCGCAAGAGGCCGCCGCCGACCCCUGCGACCUCGACGACGACCUGGAGGAGGUGCCCACCACCAGCCACCGGCUGUCCCGGCACGAGAAGGCGGUGCAGCGGUUCUGCCUCAUUGGGUCUCUAAGCAAACAUGAGUCUGAGUACAACACCACUAGGGUCUAGGAGACAAUCUCAAGGCAAUUACAACAUUUCUCUGCAUCUUGCCACGUGUGACAGCUUAUGGUGUUAACUCUCUUUCUAACACCCUCAUGCAUCUUGAAAGAACUGUGGCUUUGAGUAACUAGUAGCCUAUAUUGUGAUUAAAAUAGGUCUUCUGUGAGUGCAUUGGGUUCUUUCUCUCUCUGUGGUGGAGGAAGACCGGCAACUUCCAUGAUUUCUCACAAAGCAAAAACUGGGAAGUGACUGAACACUACAAUGUUGUGAGACUGGACUCACAUUCUUUUUUUUUUUUAAGAAUCUACAACAACCUUUAAUGUACAUUUGCUCAUUGAGAAUAACAAAAAAAACAGACAUGUCUUUUCACUUUUUAUUUCUUUGUCUAUUAAUUUGCAAACUGUAAAACUGUGUUGCUGAAAUGAAUUGUUUUGGAUACAGACUGCAUUUUUGUCACCCCCUCUGGAAAAGCCAUGAUGUUGGUGACUACUGAAUGGGAUUUUAUAACAGCUGCCUGUCACUGAACCCCAGAUUCUGAAACUCUGGUGAAGCAAAGUGAAUAAAAGAUGUCACAUAGUCCAAUGUCAUAUGGAGGGUUUAAGAAUCAUAGUGAAUGUUGAAUGAAGUCCUUGAGUUUCUUGCCAUCAAGAAAGGACACUAAACCUACCCCGUUCACUGGGGAUGUGUUAGGCCUAUGCCCUUAAAAAAACAGUCACCUGCCUUUCACUGGGUAGGCUAUAGGCAAAUGCAAGUGAAUUAAAAUAAAAUAAAAGUGAUGAUAUCCAACUCAUCAAAUAUGUCACUACGGUGCUUUUCAGUAGCUUAUUUCUGGCCCAGAAUAAACUGUGUGUAUCAAACUGAAUUUAUUUGCUGGAAAUGGUGAGAGACUUUGAAUAUUAAGUGCUGGAAAGAAUGUUUUCAAUAAACUGAUACCAACUGAAAAUGAA